CAUGCGCAGUAGAAAUAACAGUUUUCCCACAAAAACGCGCACCUCACACGAUGUAAACAAACACUAUUCACCACGACUGAUUUUAAUAUUUAAAUUAUUUACUCAAAAUAACUGUCAAAAUUUUUUAUCAACCGCAUAUUUGUAAUCCUGUAUAAGCACUGUCAAAAAAAUGGAUGAAGUAUUAGCGUGUCCACCGACUUAUAAAUUAAAUUUUCCUGAACAAGUUCAUGCAGUUGAAUUUUCCCCUUUUGAAUGGUCACAAAAUUUGAUUUGUAUCGCUUUCGACGAAGAAGUGUCAGUUGGAAGUAUCAAAUUCCCGGACAAUGAUGAUGUAGAAGAAGUUAUUUUUUCUCCACUACGUACAUUCCAUCAUGAAACUCGGAUUCAUUCGCUAGCAUGGAGUCCAGAAACGUCAUUGAGUGUCGUACCUAAAGUAUUAUCAUUUGGAGUUGCCGGUUCUGACUUUAAAAUAAGAUUGUUCAACAGUGAUUUGAAUGAGAAAGACGUUUUCGAGGUUCUAGAAGGGCACAAAGAUUAUAUUAACGCGAUAGCAUACGAAUCAGAGGGUGAACUGUUAGCAUCAGUAUCAGAUGAUCACACGUGUAAACUAUGGGCAGUAAAAGAAACUCCAAAAUUAGUAGCAACUUUCUACUUAAAAUCUCCUGGGAUGAGUGUCUGCUGGCACAAUGAAGAGUCCGGCAAGCUGUUGGUUGCUGAAAAAAAUGGACUCAUACGUCUGUAUAAUGUAAGGAGUCAAAAAGCCAUAAUGUCAAUGGACGCCGGUGUCGUUCCACUCAUGUCUGCCGACUGGAGCCUCAAUCCCCUGAAAGUCGCUUGCGUUUCCGCUGGCGAAUUACUUGUCUGGGAUGUCUCUCGGCCCAGCCGACCAGUUUUCAGCCGCACGCUUCAUACAGAAGGUAGUUUGGUAAUUAAAUUUUCACGGGGCAAUGAGAAUCUGGUGGCGGGUAUCGGCCGACCGGACAAUAUACUUAAAGUUAUUAAUUUAAAAACAAAACAUGUUGUACUGAGUGGUAAAUUAAAACUCAUUGGUGGUCUUAAUUGGCACUACAAGUUACCAUACGUGUGCGCUGGUAGUGACAGAGAAUUAUUAUUCUGGCGUGUUAGUUCAUAA